UUUCCACUUCUAUAUAAACUGGAAUUGACGCUCCCUGAAUAUCUUACCCCGUUGCCUUAUUCUCUCUAUUGUUUUCUUUCCUUUAGAGAAGUUGCUGGUCAAUUGAUUCGGAAUGAACCGGUAAACCCGGAGAGCUAUGAUGCAGUUACCAUAUACUUUAGUGACAUUUGCGGCUUUACUUCCUUGUCUGCUGAGUCGACAGCUAUGCAGAUAGUCAAUCUGCUGAACCAUCUUUACACUUUGUUCGACGGGAUCAUUGAACACUACGAGGUUUACAAAGUGGAGACGAUUGGAGACGCCUACAUGGUCGCCUCUGGCCUACCAAAGCGGAUAGAAAACCGACACGCUGAGGAAAUAGCCCGAAUGUCUAUUGCUUUUCUCAAGGCUAUCUACAAAUUCGAGAUACCACAUCGUAAGGACAGACGGCUUGAGCUGCGAAUCGGCAUUCAUUCUGGCCCUGUGUGUGCUGGAGUAGUUGGUUCAAAGAUGCCUCGAUACUGUCUCUUUGGUGACACCGUUAACACUUCUUCUCGAAUGGAAAGUACUGGUUUGCGUAAGUUUAUCACUAAUAAUCAUGAAUUUUUUUGUGCGCAUUGUGUAACUUUUCUUAUUUUCGACAUUAUAUUAUUCGUUAUAUGA